GGAAGAGGCAGCAGCAACAGCACUGCCUCGGAAACACAACCUGACGGCUUUUCCGAAUCCAGCUGAGAGAACUGCCUGGACAGAGCCAGCUGCGAACGAUGGAAGAAAGCAGGGUGCCGGAGACGCCUCUCCCCUUGAAGACCGUAAGAGCACCGAAAGCUUUGCAUGGGGCGAUGUGAGACGGGACCCCACCCUUCCCAGCCAUGGAACUGGGGAACCUCAGCACCGCCAGGGGCCUGGGCGCCUGCUUCCGCAGGAUCAACAGCAGCGAGGAGGACGGGGGCCAGAUCCGCUCGCCGUGGUUCUCCCUGGUCUUCGGCAUCAUCGGCCUGUGCUCCAACCUCUUCGCCCUCUGCGUGCUGGUCAACUCCUCGCGCAAGAUGCACAGCCGGUCGCGCUCCUCCUUCCUGGUCUUCCUCUGUGGCCUGGUGGUGACGGACCUCAUGGGCCUGCUGGUGACGUUUGCCAUCGUCAUCCCCUACCACUUCACCCACUUCGACUGGAGGGACGUCGACCCGGGCUGCCACCUCUGCAACUUCAUGGGCGUCGUGAUGGUCUUCUUCGGGCAGUGCCCGCUGCUGCUGGGCGCCACCAUGGCCGGCGAGCGCUUCGUGGGCAUCAACCGCCCCUUCUCCCGCUCCACCAGCAUGCCGAAGCGCCGGGCCUGGACCCUGGUGGGGCUGGUGUGGGCCCUGGGCUUUGCCUUCAGCCUGCUGCCCAUCCUGGGCCUGGGGGACUACAGCCUGCAGUACCCCAACUCCUGGUGCUUCCUCACGCUGGUCCACGACGCCCGGAACAUGGCCUUCUGCCUGAUGUUCGCCCUGCUGGGCCUUCUCUGCGUGGGCCUCUCCUUCCUGCUCAACACCAUCAGCGUGGUGACCCUCUGCCGGGUCUACCACGACGCAGAGGCGGUGCAGCGCCGGCGGGACAGCGAGGUGGAGAUGAUGGUCCAGCUGGUGGGCAUCAUGAUCAUCGCGACCGUCUGCUGGCUCCCCCUCCUGAUCCUCAUUGCACAAAAGGCCCUUCAGGGGCCCCCCGUGGGGGUGGCCACCAAUCAAAUCCCCCACGAAACAGAGAAAAUGCUGCUCAUUUCCCUCCGCGUGGCCACGUGGAACCAGAUCCUCGAUCCGUGGGUGUACAUCCUCUUCCGGCGGGCCGUCCUCAGGCGCAUCAACCCCAGCUUCAAGUCGAGGCCCUCCAUCAUCUCUCUUUAUCCUACGCUCAACGCAUCGCUGCGGCGGAAAUUUACCCAGGAGUCGGUGGUCAAUUAGGAAGGGGGCGUGUGCCUGCAGAUGGGAAGACCCCUCCCCAGUACGGCUCUAGAACGGGGAAGCACCUCUGUUUCACGCUACCGCUCACUGCUUUAAGAGGACGAAGGCACUGGAAGCAUGCCCAGCUGCCCACACCUUGUGCCUGCCCCUAAACCUGAUCCUGGGCCCCAGAAAAACCCCAUGCCGGCCGUCCUAGGAACCCUAUUACUGCAUGAGCCAUAUGCAACUGACAUUGCCGCAGACUCGGGUGGAAGGACCCCGAGAGGCAUGCUUUGGAUCCAUUUGAGGCUCGCCCCAAAGCACAGAGUGGCCUGGGGAGGUGAGCCACCUGGCUUACAAGCGAACGAGGAAGAGCAGGAUAGCCGGAGCCGUGCAAAGCGCUGCAGACUGUUGCUGCAGAAAUAAAUCCCACUGAACGAUUUCUCCUUGUCUCUGUGCCCCUUCUGAGGUGAGAUGCAGCCCUUUUCUGGGCCAAGUAAACAGGACUGAAAGGAAAUGGAAAGGCAUCUUAAAGGAUUACAGCCAGACAGAUGAAGGCUGCUAAAAGAAAAGGGAAAAGCCAAUGUGUUAGGCCACGUUAAGAGAGUUUAGAUGAGAUGAAAAGUCAUACUCCACCUAAUUCUGCUUUGGCCAGGUCUUAGUUGGAGUCCUGGGUCCAUUUCUGGGCACCAUGGCCCACGGACAAAGUCAAGUGUGCCCAGGGAAAAAUGUGCAUUCUCUCCAGAAAGUCCAGGCUUGGGCCACUAAGUGGAAAAAAGAUGCCAUGUGCUUGAUCCUUCCUUCUGGGCAGGCUGACAAGGAAACAGAUGUUCUGCAGGGACGGCGUGGAAAACAGGCACGGAAGCAAGCGGUGAUGAACAUGAAUCAGCCGGGAGCUCCUCUUACUUCUCCCGAAUGGAGCUUAGAAACUCCAAAGGGAUCAUGGCUUUGGAAGCAAAAAUGGUAAAUUUCUGCCAAACUGGCUCAAGAAAAGCCAGUCCAGCAGAAGCACAGCAGACCACAAAAAGAGAAGUGGAGCAGAGGAGAAGUGGAUUCAACAAACUCCUCUCCAGAUCCACGUUUCCAAACCUGUACAAGUCAGAAAUUCAGGGCUGUUGAGCCCUUUUUUUGACCGGGCAGGUUGAAACCAUUCAGAGGGACCACAAAACCAUGGUUUUCAUUUAUCUUAGAAGAGAAAAUAAAACCAGUCAGUUACUAAAUUGCAAACGCUCAAGUGUCCAAAGGCAAAUCCUAUUGCGUGUCACUCAGCCGACCCAUUAUCUAUUUUCUGUCUGUCUAAUCCAGGCAUUUGGGGAUUGCUACAAAAUUAUCUGAAUUUGACAAAUUAUAGUGCAACUCACCCAUAGCAGCAGUAGUAAAUGACUUUUAUACCCCAAAUGCAGAAAGGAAUGAGUGCACCUUCAGGGUUGUUUUUCAGAGCUGGCAGUGAUUAGACCAUACCGAAAGAGGAAGGUCAAGAUCUCUUCUGGCUGGUGCCAGAGUGCAGGACACGGAAUAAUCAGGUCCAGCUGCAGCAACCCAGAUUCAGGCUGGGCAUCAGAAGAAGCUUCCUCAUGGUCGGAGUGAUAGGGCAGUGGAACCAGCUGCCUGGAGGGGUGGUGGGCUCUCCCACACGAGAGCCAUUCAGCAAGGACCUGGCCAGCCGCCUGAGUGGGAUGCGGUAAUGUGGUGUCCUGCAACUGCAGGGGUUGCACUCAAUGGCCUUCAUGGCCCCUUCGAACUCUUCUGUUCUAUGAAAGCCUGUGGGGCCAUGACUAAGAAAGCCCCGUCAAAAGUAUACAGCAGACGAAUGGCUCUUGGUGGGGUGGGGUGGGGAAUGCUUGAGCAACAAGGCUGCCCCCUAUGGGGGAAAGCUGACAUAAACCUUAUAAUUCACCCAAGGCUUGCACAAAAACUUUUACUUUUCCAGGCAUGGCCUGCAACACUGCAAAGUAUAGGAAAAUCAUUCACUUGCACAUAAGGCACCCCAGUAUCUGAAACCGAGACAAGAAAGGAAAACAUUUCCCUUGCUUUCUUUGUGCAGCUCUUUUGAGUCUGUUAACAUAAAUGUUUGUGUGAGCGCUGACAGGGAAAUGCAAACACGGCCUGGCGGAUUCAAGAUGGCGCUGUGACAGCAACGCUUUGCUCGCUGCUCAUAUCUGGGUGAGAGUUCUCAAUGUGCAGCAACAUUAUUAAAGAGGAUAGUGAAACAAUUGUGUUGCGCUUCGAGGAAUAAUUUUGCAUCUCCUGCCUGAUUCACAAGUCAGCUCAGUUGUCAGGUGGGAUUUGAGGGGGAAGGUGUGAAAAGCAGGCAGAUUGGUGGGUUGAGUUUUCCGUUCACGCUUGGAGGCAGAGUAUGAACUGGUCCAGAAAGAAGAAUGCCCAAGCUGUGCAAACUUUCGGAUCUCCCAUUUAUCUUUCUCCUCAUCAUUCCUACUGCAGAUGGCAUGCGUGGCAUUUAAUCGAGAAUUCCUAGCUCAGAGUUUUGAGCAGACAGAGCAGCUUGGUCUGAAUUGUUCUCUCAGGUCGUCCCUGCUUUUAUAUGCAAAGUUAUUCUUGUUGCCUUUGGCCAAGAGUCUCCAUUUCCCAAUCCUGGAGUAGGCACUGCUUCCUUGGAUAUAAAACAAGUCAGCCCUCUGCUAGCAUCUUAUAUACUGAAUUUUAUUUUCAAGAAAAUAAAGAGAUUCCAUUUUCCCUUAAAUUCCUGGAAAAUGGAAAGGUGAGUAGUUUGGGAAAGCCCGUGAGGUGUAGUGGAUAGGAAGAUGCACCGGGACAAAGAGAACUGGGGUUCAAGUCCUCAUUGGGUUGCACAGCUCACUUGGGUGAACUAGGGCCAGUCACUGACUCUCAGCCUGACCUGCUUCACAGGUUGUUGUGAGGAUGAGAUGGAGAGGAGCGCUCUCAUGGAACAAUCUCUUGAGCUCCUUGGAGGAAUAAAGGGCAAUAUUAAUGUCACAAAUAAAUAAAUAGCCACUCCCAAAAUGGUGCUAUCCAGGGUAGAAAGUGUGCUACUUGGUGCAAAAUCUGUGCAAUUUUUAAAACGCCUUCCCGCCCUUUUUCUCCCCACAACAGAACUAUUAAGGAGGGAAAGUUGGAAAAGCUGCAAAUGCCUUUUUGCUGUUGGUCGCUGAUAGGGAGACGAUCAACUAGAAGCGUGCCUGGUUCUUGAAUAGAGAGGAUACUGGAAGUUUUGGUGGAAACAAAACUGCAUUAUGGGAUCCGCUGAACAGCCAGUCUGGUCACCUUCUGUGUGUGGAUUUGUCAGGAGAGCUCUUGAUCGUUUGCUCAGAUAUGAAAAGGUUUUCAAAUUGCUGUUCACUACAGAGAAAGAGAGGGAGCGCGACUCUAAAGAAUGACUCAUAUUCUACAAUUUCAGGUGGGCAGAAAAUGUAAAACUGCUUAGCAGAAUGUAUUAAAACCUUCUGAAAGUCA